AUGAUGUUAGAAACAAUCCUUUAUAAUUAAUGUUGUGGUGCCUAUUGAUAAUACCGCAUAUCAUAUUAUCUUGUUACUUCGGUUAUGGGUCUUGGCUUUUUACAUAGCAUUCAGGGUAUAGUUUAACGAUAUUUUUUUACUUAUUUGAAAAUUAAAGAAAAUAUUUAUUAGUUUUUAAAGUCUUAGGUCUUUCACUAUGGACGAUGAAUGUGAAUCUUAUAAACUCUGGAGAAUACGGAAAACUGUUAUGCAGCUUUGCCACGACAGAGGCUAUUUAGUCACACAAGAUGAAUUGGAUCAAACAUUAGAACAGUUUAAAGAACAAUUUGGAGAUAAACCAAGUGAAAAGAGGCCAAGUCGUAGUGAUUUAAUUGUCCUUGUAGCACAUAAUGAUGAUCCUACAGAUCAAAUGUUUGUGUUCUUUCCCGAAGAACCAAAAAUUGGAAUAAAAACUAUAAAAACUUAUUGUCAAAGAAUGCAAGAGGAAACCAUAACUCGAGCAAUAAUUGUUGUUCAACAAGGAAUGACUCCUAGUGCAAAACAAUCUUUAGUGGAUAUGGCUCCUAAGUAUAUAUUGGAACAAUUUUUAGAAUCUGAACUCUUAAUUAAUAUUACUGAGCAUGAACUUGUACCUGAACAUAUUGUAUUGACUCCAGAUGAGAAGCAAGAACUGUUAUCCAGAUAUAAAUUAAAAGAAAACCAACUUAUGAGGAUUCAAGUCGGUGAUCCAGUUUCUCGUUACUUUGGCUUAAAAAGAGGACAGGUUGUAAAAAUUGUAAGGAACUCUGAGACAGCUGGACGUUAUAUUUCAUACCGAUUAGUAUGUUGAGGCUUAAUAUUAAAAGCUAUUAUACUUUUCACUAAAAAAAUAAAAUUUAUAUUUAAUAAAACAUAAGACAUUUAAAAAAA